UCUCGCGAGAGCGGCGCGGUGCGGGCCGGCGGAACCAUGUUGCGGGCGGUGGCGGCGCAGCGGCUGCGGCGGGCGGCGUCGGUGCUGCGGAGGUCGAAGAGCACCUUGGUGGUGGCAGAGCACAACAAUGAGUCCCUCUCAGGCAUCACCCUCAACACCAUCACUGCAGCAAAGAGCCUGGGAGGGGAGGUGUCCUGCCUGGUGGCUGGCACCAGCUGUGACAAGGUAGCAUCAGAGCUCAGCAAAGUGCAGGGUGUUGCAAAAGUUCUCGUGGCUCAGCAUGAUGUGUACAAGGGAUUUCUAGCAGAGGAGCUGACUCCCUUGAUUGUGGAAACUCAUAAAAAAUUCAAUUACACCCACAUUUGUGCCGGAGCAUCUGCCUUUGGGAAGAAUCUUAUUCCCAGAGUGGCUGGCAAGCUUGAUGUUGCCCCUGUUUCUGACAUUAUUGAAAUUAAGUCCCCAGAUACUUUUGUGAGAACUAUCUAUGCAGGAAAUAUUAUUUGCACUGUGCAGUGUGAUGAAGCAGUCAAAGUGUUUACUGUACGGGGAACUUCAUUUGAAGCUGCACCAGCGAGUGGGGGCAGUGCCAGUGUAGAAAAGUUGACGCCCCCGCCGCCCGUGGGGAUGUCGGAGUGGAUCGAGCAGAAGCUGACGAAGAGCGACCGGCCGGAGCUCACCAGUGCCAAGGUGGUUGUGUCAGGGGGGAGGGGCUUGAAGAGUGGUGAAAAUUUUAAGUUGUUGUAUGAACUUGCGGAUCAGUUGAAUGCUGCAGUUGGAGCUUCCCGUGCAGCUGUUGAUGCUGGCUUUGUUCCUAAUGACUUGCAGGUCGGACAGACGGGCAAAAUAGUAGCACCAGAACUUUACAUUGCUGUGGGAAUAUCUGGAGCAAUCCAACACUUGGCUGGAAUGAAAGACAGCAAGACCAUUGUUGCUAUUAACAAGGAUCCAGAAGCUCCAAUUUUCCAAGUGGCAGACUAUGGACUGGUAGCAGACUUAUUUCAGGCGGUGCCGGAGAUGACGAAGCUCCUGAAGAAGAAGUGAGUGCUGGUGACGGGACCUGGCACUGUGGAGUAAGGGCAAAUAAAAGAUUUUACUGGAAAGAGGUGGGGUCGGUCA